AUGAAUAGACCACAAACAAAUAUUGUUGAUAGACCGGUAUCAAAGGGUAAGGCAGAAGUCAACAUCAGUUCAUUUGCCUUUUUAUUCUCCGAAAUGAUCCAAUAUUGCCAAGAUAGAAUCAAAGCAGGUCACGAAUUAGAAAAAAAAUUAUCAGAUAUGGGUUAUUCAAUUGGUCCAAGAUUAUUAGAAUUAUUAUGUGUUAGAGAAAAAAAUUCAAAAAGAGAAACUAAAUUAUUAGGCAUUUUAUCAUUUAUACAUACAACAGUUUGGAAAUCAUUAUUUGGUAAAACAGCAGAUUCGUUAGAAAAGAGUACAGAGGCAGAAGAUGAAUACAUGAUUUCAGAUAAUAAUAUGGUUGUAAAUAAAUUCAUUUCACUUCCAAAACAUUUAGGUAGUUUAAAUUGUGCAGCAUUUGUAGCAGGAAUUAUAGAGGGUAUUUUAUGUAGUGCAGAAUUUCCAGCAAGAGUCACAGCGCAUAAUGUAACAGUCGAGGGCAAAAAAUUCCCAAAAACAGUUAUUUUAAUUAAAUUUAAUCCAGAAGUCAUCGAAAGAAAUAUAUAG